CAAAAAGACGCUCCUGAGCCUUGGCGUCACUCAACAGGAUUGCCGCAGGUCAGGUGUCAGUGGUGACAUGGACUUCUUGUCAGCAUGGAUUGUGUCUCCUUCAGCACUACCCUUUCUCUGUCUCAUCUGGGGCACGCAGGCCCAGCAGGCCUUCAGGACUGAGCCCAGGAACCUCACUGUGCGGAUGGGAGCCACAGCUGUGUUGAGGUGUGAGGUGCUGCGGGCCUCAGGGACUGUGCAGUGGGUGAAAGAUGGCCUCCUCCUGGGACCACAGAGAAGCCUGCCAGGCUUUCCACGCUACAGCAUGAUUGGAAACCCCAAGAGAGGACAGUAUCAUCUUCAGAUUGAAAAGGCCCAACUGGAAGAUGACGCCACCUAUGAAUGUCAAGCGGGCCAGUCAGAGAGCAGUCACGCACUCGUGUCCAACACAGCCUGGGUCAACAUGUUAAUUCCUCCGUCCAGUCCAUACUUUGAGGCGGACAUGGCAACACCUUGGGUUGCAGGGAAGACAUACACCGUCACUUGCGUUGCCCCUGAGGCAAAGCCUAUGGCUGAAAUCACUCUUUAUAAAGAUGGAGUCAAGCUGACAGGUGCAGAGUCUUUCAUCAUGUCUGGCUCAAAGGAUAAGCUCCUGAACACGCAUGCUGAAGUAACAGUCACCGCUCUGAGCUCUGACAACGGGAGGCAGCUGGUGUGUCAUGCCAAGAACUCCGCCCUUUUCCGGCCUCUGGAGACCACAUUGACCAUGAGUGUGUUCCCACCACCUCAGCCUCCAGUUAUUCUGGGUCUGGAGAGAGAGGAAGUCAAAGCAGGGACAAUGCUCGGGUUGGAGUGUGUGUCUCAUGGUGGAAACCCCCUAGCCACUCUCCACUGGACCAAGAAUGGAGAAGUUGUGUCUACGACUUGGGAAGAGGACGUCGUUGUGCAGAAGUCCAGCAGCAUCCUCAACCUGAUGAUCACCCCUGCUGACAACCAGGCAGAGCUGUGCUGUGAGAGUGUCAAUCUGGUGUCCCCAUCUCCUCUCUCCGUCAGCCGCAAAAUCACUGUGCUCUUUGAGCCCGCAGAGGUGAUGCUGUUGGGUUCAUCCACGGCCAUUGCAGAACAGGAGUUGAAUCUGAGCUGCUUUGCCACCUCCAGUAAUCCCCCUGUUCAGAUUCGCUGGUGGCUGGGCUACAAGGAGCUCAGUACCACUGUUGUCACUAUGGAAGAGGGAGACAAUGGUGGGAUGACAACCAUGUCCAACAUGACCCACCAGGUCUCAAGGGAGGAGGAUGGAUUGGAGCUCACCUGUGAGGCGUUCAACAAGGGCACACACUUCUCCAAGACCCAGAUGAUCAAACUCAGUGUUUAUUACCCCCCUCAAAAGGUAUGGCUUGAGGCUCCUCCUCAGGAUGUCCCCCUUCAUGCGGGCACCAAAGUCCGUCUCAUCUGCUUCUCCACUGGCGGGAAUCCCACUGGGACUCUGACCUGGUUCAAGAAUGGAAAGCCAGUGACAGAUGCGCUGAAGCAGACGUCCUUUGAUCGAGGUGUGGCUCGAGAACUGGUCCUGGUCCUGACGGCAAGUGACAACAUGGCUACCUAUCGCUGUGAUGCCAAAAAUGAGGCAAAGAAGAGCAUCUCUGCCCACACUGAGCUUAUGGUUUACUUUACAGCAAUAAAUAUGACGAUCACAGCCAAACAGGAGGAGCUCCAUCGGGGUCAGAUGCUUACACUGGAGUGUCAGGCUGGAAGCAGUAACCCCAAGGCCAACAUCUCCUGGAGCCUGGGCCCCCUCAGGUUCCAGGGAGCGGAGCAGCAACCUGAGAAGGCUCAGUAUGGUGGUGUUUCAGUGCGCAGUUCUUUAUCCCUGAUACUGAGCUCACAGCAUCACAACCAGAAGGUCAUUUGCCAGGCCUACAGCCCUGUGCUCGCUGAGGGGACCAACACAUUCUUCAAACUCAAUGUGCUUUACCCACCAGAGUUCAGCCCUCACCAGCCAACGCUGGUCCAGGUGGUGGAGGAUGACAUGGCAACCAUCCCACUGCUGGUCUCAGCUAACCCAGAGGAGGUCUCCUGCAUUUGGCUGCACCGCAAGGAGGAGCUGGUCAAAGAGGGGUACCCGCACUACCACUGGUCGGAUGAGUACACACUGGAGAUCAGGAAUGUGACGAGGAAAGAUGCCGGAGUUUACUCUGUCACGUGUUCAAAUUCUGAGGGUGUCAGCCAAAUCUCCAUCAUGCUGGAUGUUCAGUAUUCUCCCGCUGUCAAGGCAGAGAAAGACCCUGUGUUUGUGAACAUGGGGGGAACAGCAGACCUGAUAUGUGUGGCAGAUGCCAACCCCAUUGUAGCUGACAUGUUCUCUUGGAAAUGGCUGGGAGAAGGGGAGGUGGAGAUGGGAGAGGAGACGCAGGAAGACGGAUCAGGCCUUCUGACUAUCCAUGAUGUGACUCGGGCUCAUGCUGGUCUUUACCAGUGCACAGCCAAUAAUGGCAUAGCACCCCCUGCCAGCGUAGAUGUGCAGCUGGUAGUGCAAUUCAAACCAGAGCUUCAGAAAGGAGCCCAAUGGAGGAAGGUAGCAAGUAGAGGGGACGGCACCACUACAGCUGAGGUCGUGUGUCAGGCAGAGGGUAUUCCUCGUGUCGACUUCUCCUGGGAAAAAAACAGUGUAGGCAUGGACUUUGCAAACCCAAGGUAUGAGGAGCAGACCAUGAGGGAGGGCUCCUUCCACACCAGCACAGUUCGUGUAGUAAAUGUGAGCGCAUCUCAGGACUAUGCUGUCUUCAGCUGCACUGCUCGCAACUCACUUGGGGAAGACAAGCUCGACAUCCAGCUCGUCAGCACAAGUCACCCAGAUCCUCCCUCCUCGUUUCGCCAAGUCAGUGUUACCCAUGACUCAGUUACUCUGGAGUGGAUCCCUGGCUUCAGUGGAGGUUUGCGGCAAAGAUUUCGUAUAAGAUACCGCUGGGAUCAGUCAGUCAGUUACCUGUACAUGGACGUCUUUCCUCCCAGAGCAACAAUGUUCACUGUCACUGGCCUGCAGCCUGUAACCACCUACAACUUCUCUCUCAAUGCGCUCAAUGCAAUGGGAGAGAGUGACUAUGCUGACAACAAUGCAGUACUGACCAUCACCACCAAGGAGACGCCUGAACUAGAAGAAAUCCCAACAGAUGACGACUCAGUCUCACAGAGUAAAAGAGGACUUCCAGCAUAUUUGACUAUAGUGCUCACAGUGGUGUUUGGAUUCCUCCUGCUGUUGAAUUCACUGGGUUGCUUCUUUGGACAGAGGUGGAAAAAGAGGCAAGGCCAGACAGGGGGUAGGGCAGGCACUGUGUUGGAUGGAAAGGAGAAUGAAGACAAGGGGUCCAGUCAGUCAACUGUGAGCAACUCCAACAAGUAUGAGAGCAGAGAAAAGAUCAACGCCGCAGCCCAGCGCACCCUCCUCAUCGAGUCUGGAUCUGAAACGGACAGUAAUGUCUACGAGAGCUAUGCAGCGGAAAGUUCCCAUUAUUAUUACCCCACCGGUGGAUACAUGCCGCCUCUCAGUCCGCACGCGGAGGAAAUACUCAGGCCUGGUAUCACCCACCUCCCUGUUGACUCUCACAGCCACUUGUAUGAAGAUGUAAGAGACCGGGGUCUGUACCAGGACAUCCAGGCUUCAUCUCUUCCUUCCCCUCCGUCCUUUGACCACAGAUUACUUCAUCAAAGGAGCAGCUCCAGACCACCAACCUUCUUUCAGGGUACUGAGAGAGUGAGGGACUUCGCGGAUGUUCGGCAACAGCAGAGAGAUUCUGAGCUUCCCUUUGAACUGCGAGGCGAGUUAGUCUAGAAUGAGAAGGUCAGACCAAACAAACGCUAAGACAGGGCUUGUGACUCAAUGCAAAAAAGUUAUUUAU